CUUCAGGUUUGCAUAUCCAGAAAACCUACAUGUUGCACCAGGAAGAUGGAGGAGAGAUACCAGAUUGCGGCUCGCCAAGAUAUGCAGCAAGGGCUUCAAACAUCCAGCUCGACACUGAAGUUUCUAAUAUCGCGAAAUGCCGCGGCUUUUCAAGAAGCCCUCGAAACUCUCAUCAGACAAGCAGAGAAUUACACCAGCAUUCUCUUCUGCAACACCUACAGGAACAUGGCCCUAGAGGCUUCAGCCUCAGUUCAGGAGUUGUUCACUGAUGUGGGGCUCUAUUUAUUUGGUGCAGAUGUUAAUCCUGAAGAGUUCAUAAACAGAUUCUUUGACAGUCUUUUCCCUCUCGUCUACAAUCACCUCAUUAGUCCUGGAGUGACGGACAGUUCCCUGGAAUACUCAGAAUGCAUCCGGACGGCCCGCCGGGAUGUUAGUCCAUUUGGUAAUAUUCCCAAAAGAGUAGUGGGGCAGAUGGGGAGAUCACUGCUGCCUAGCCGCACGUUUCUGCAGGCGCUGAAUCUGGGCAUCGAAGUCAUCAAUACCACAGACCAUCUGCACGUCUCCAAAGAGUGCAGCAGAGCCCUCCUGAGGAUGCAGUACUGCCCUCUCUGCCAGGGCCUGACUCUCAGUAAGCCUUGCAUGGGGUACUGCCUCAACGUCGUGAGAGGCUGCCUGGCACACACGGCAGAGCUGAAUCCGCACUGGCAUGCCUACAUCCGGUCCUUGGAGGAACUAUCAGAUGCCAUGCACGGAACAUACGACAUUGAACACGUGCUCCUGAACUUCCACGUGCUCGUUAACGACGCCGUGAUGCAGGCUCACCUCAAUGGACAGAAGUUAUGGGAACAGGUAAGCAGCCCCGCCACAUCUCCUGACCGACGGCUUAGAGCUCAGGCAUUAGGUGUGUACAUAAAGUUCCGUUGA